GAUCAUUCUAAUGAAACUCUCCCAUCGCACUGGAAGACCCUUUCCUUCUAAGGAAUAUGUCUGAAGACCCAGCUGUCUCACUUUGACACCCCAUCCUGCCAUUUGCCUCUCCAUUGGUGUGUAUUAGGCAAGGACCAGGAUCUUUUCUUGCGUAUGUGUGUUCCAUCCAGAAGAGGACUCCGAGAGAGGGGCUUACGGCAGAAAUGGCAGAAGCAGCAAGAGACUUGAGUGAAGAUGGGCUGGAGGAAACAGAGGACCUGGGACCUCUUGAACUAGACGACAGUGGUACCUUCCAGCAAGUCACGAACCUCCUGAACAUCAUGGACAGCGAGUCAGCAAAGACUGACAUGGCAGGGGCAGGUCUCGACAUGCGGAAGACCUUGGCCUCAGUGAUAAUCACAGAGAAGGCCGCCGUCGAGCCUUCUGUGGUGAUGGAUGCCCUCAUCCGCUGCCUGCAGGUGCCGGAGAUCCCCACCCAGCGCAAGGUCAACAUCUACAACACCCUGCAAGAGAUCAUCCAGCAGGAGGGGGAGCUGGAGGAGCGCUGCGUGCGGAGGCUGGUCACCAUCGCCUCCAGGGAAAUGCGGGAGUCCCCAGAGCAGAUGGAGGGCUACGUGAAGGCAGAGGUGGCCAGCGACACCCUGGUGGCUCUGUCCCGAAACCACUUCAGCCUGGUCAUGUACGAGCUGCAGCACCGCCUGAAGCCCCUCAGCCUCACCGACGAGUUUGUCAUCCUCACCCUGGCCAAGCUGGCCAACGGCAAUGUGUUUGAGUUCAUGCCAUACAUGGGCAUCACCCUGGCCACCAUAUUCACGAUGCUGAGACUCGCCAAUGAGGCCAAGAUGCGCCAGGUGAUCUGUGGUGCCAUGGAGACCUUCUGUGAGACGGUGCAGUUCUACCUGAAGCACUUGGAGGACAGCGUGUACCCCGUGAUGACCGAGGAGCAGUUUGCUCUGAAGCUGUUCCCGAUGUAUCGCUACUUUGUGACCGUGUGGCUGCGGCACCCUAACCCAGAGGUGAAGCUGGGGGUCAUCAAGUCCCUGAAGCCCAUGCUGAACCUCCUCCUGCCCAACAAUGAGCUGCGGGAACAGGUCUACGACUACAUCCCCCUGCUGCUGGCCGAGUACCAGGGCAGCCUGGAAGCCCUCUUCAUCACCCAGGUCUUGAGGCAGAUCCUGGAAGUGUCAGUCACCACUAGCACCCCGGUCCCCCAAAUGCAGCUCCAUACCAUCUUCACGGAACUGCACGUCCAGGUGUGCACCAAGGCCCCGGCCCAGCACCAGUACAGCAGCCAGAAUCUGAUAGAGAUCGUGCACUGCUUCGUAGCCCUCGCUCGCUGCUAUCCUAAGGAGCUGAUGAAGUUCUUCUUCAGCCAGAUGGAGAUGAGCAAGGAGGCCAUCCGCGUGGGGACCCUGACCCUGAUUAGGGCAGUGGUGAGCGCCGACGAGCCCAAAAUGAACAUCAGGACCAUCUACCUGGCCAUCCGGGUGGUCAAGAACACGCUCUCCGACAACCGCUCCAAGGUGAGGAUGGCUAUUCUCCGCAUUAUCGGCCAGUUGGCUCUGUCUGGCUACCAGGACAGGAUCAAAGGCUGGGGCCUGAAGUACGUGUCCGUGCAGCUGACCUUGUCCACAUACAAGCUGACAAACCGCCGGGAUAGCUUUUAUCAGAGAGACUUGGAGGAGAAGAUGGUCCACAGAGUCACCAUGGACACCGUGAAGAUCAUCACCUCCUCUGUCAGUGGGAUGACCAACGAGUUCUGGGUCAGGCUGCUGUGCUAUGUCAUGGAGACAGACUACACUGAGGCCCUGACCCCCAUCUGCAUCAGCCUGACCAACCUGGCGGAGAGACAGCUUCACAGCAAGGACGCGGAGGCCAGCGCGGCCAGCAAGAGCAGGCACGUGGACCUACCUGCGCCUCAGAAGUUGCUGGCCCGACUCCUGGUGCUGAUGUCCUCUCCCUACAAGGGGGAGGGCCGUGGGAUAGCCAUGCUCAAUCUCCUGAGGACGCUGAGCCAGAGCAUCGCGCCCUCCAUGGCCGACACGUGGGAGCUGGAGAUCCCACUGCUGGUCCAGUACCUGGAAGAACAUACCGAGUUCACCUGGAAUCAGAAGGCCUGGGAGGACAAGCUAAUUCAGUUUCUCAGAAACUCUCUCAAGAAGACCCGGGGGACCAACUGGAGCCUGCGCCUAAGCAAAGAGCUAAACAAUCAACUUGAGAGCUUCGAUAGUCCCUCUCUGGAAAAGGGCUUUCUGUACCGGGCCUUGGGCUUCACCUUGGCCAUGGGCCUGGAGGCCGACAAGGUGGAGGUGCUGCUGCUGGAGCUUUUGUACAAGACGGACUACAGCAACAACUUUGACCGGGAGGGCGUGAUUCUGUGUGUCGGCCUGUGUGCCCGGGGCCAGGUGAACACGGUGCUGAACGUGCUCCAGGACUUCGAGGAGCGGAUCCAGGAGUCGGAGCAGUCUUGGCAAUUCGGUGCUUGGCGGAAGGACCACCCCUGGAGGCGGGAGGCUGUGAAGAGCGCCCUCAUGGUGAUGUACAGCUGUGUGGCCUCAUACUGCCACCCCCAGAUGCUCUUCACCCACGUGGACAGCACCAUCACCUCCAAGGUCAUUCACCACUACUCCAGCAGCUGCCAGGACAUCUGCCUCAAAAUGGCCUUCAUGAAGAGUGUCGUGCAGAUCACCAAAGCCAUCCAAAGCCUCAGGGACCUGGAGGACUUUCAAUUUGCCCAGAAGACCACUCUCACUGGCAUUAUCGUGGCGAUCCUCAAGGCGGAGCCCACCGACAGCCUGGUUUCUCCUGUACGGACCAUGGCCAUGGACGCCCUCUUGCACCUCAGCAAGCUGAAGCCUUUCUACUCUAUGGAGGAAAACAGUGAGCUGAUGGAUAUCAGCAUUCAUGCUGUGAUUUCUCUCCAACCCCCUGGGGAGGAUAAUGAGUCUGUUAAGACCCUGUACACGAACGCCCUGAGUGCCCUGGAGCAGCUGAUGGAGAGCCUCAUGCAGAGGCAGCUGGACCCCAAGGGGCUGCAGGAGAUGGUGCAUCUCCUUGAAAAGUGGAUCUUGUCGGAGAAAGAGUGGGAGCGGGAGAAGGCCAUGCACCUCUAUUUCUGUCUCAUGCAGUUCUACGUCCAAAGCAUCGGGGUCUGUAUCCCCCUAAAGCUGGGGCAGUUUGGAAUGCUGGUCGGACUCAUCGUCCCGUGCACCUGCGACACUCACCAAAGAACCCGCAUGGCCUCUACCGAUGUCCUGUCCAGUCUGUUAGAUCUUCACGCGAGCCAGACCUGCUCCUCAUGGGGCACAUCCAAGGAGAAGGAGCUUGAGAGAUGCAAGGAGGACCUCGAGGGCGCCGACGAGGAGAAGGUGUUCUGUGCGUCCUCCAGAAUCGCCAAGGUGGUCUGCAUGGAGUUUAACUGCGACGAGGUGGUCUCGCUCAUCCAGAAGCUCUGUGAGAACAUUGGAGCCAUGGACCUGCGGCACGACAAGGCGUCUGUCACCUGGAUCAGCACCUUCCUUCAGAUGCGGGUCAAGGAGCUGGAGGACAAGGUGGCUGAGAUCCUGGGCGCCAUCUUGGUCCACCUGCCCGUGGUGGACCACCUGGAGGUGCGGCGCCUCCUCAUCGAGGGCAUCCUCCUGCUGGCGCACUACCACCGGGAGACGGUCCUCACGGCCCUCCUGCGGCAGCCCCUGCCCAUGGAGAGCCACCUGAAGGAGGUUUGGCUGGCCGUGGCAGAGAACGUGCCCUUUGCGCGGACCAUGCUUCACAGCCUGAUGGGCCGGCUGCAGUCGCGGUUCACUCCCAAGGUGAACGCCACCUCCAAGGCUGACAUCUGGCGCCUGGCCGCGGUGGACCCCCUGAUGACCCUGUGCACCAUCCACCUUCUCAUUGAGAAGACGGCCUGUGACGACAAGCUCAUGGACCUAUUCUCCGACCUCGUCUACACCCUCCUGCUGCAACUCAGCAGCGACUACCGGCCCGAGGUCACCUCCCCGAUCCUGAAGACGUGGAGGCUGGUCCACACGGGGCCCCUGCCCGAGGAGAUGAACCUGCACAGGAUCACGAUCAAGUCCAUGCAGCUCCUGUUCAGAAGAGCUGCCAGUGAGCGCCUGGUGCAGGCCCUGGAGGAACAGGCUGUGUGGGGCCUCCUGGAGGACAGUGAGACCUUCCUGGAGGGAGUGAGCCUGCUGGCCAGGCUGUGCGUGCAGGACAUGGAGGGCCACCGGCAGAGGCUGGCGGAGCUGGUGCUCAGGGGCAUGGAUUCGGAGGUCCUGAGCUGUCGCAUCAGCAGCACGGCAGUCUGCGUGGAACUCAUGAGUGACCCGGUUCUGUACCAGGAGAAGCUGCUGAGACCUGCGGUGUUGAUGCUGGAGAAGGGCGCGAGCCAGGAGGAAGACGAGGCCCUGCGUGUGCUCUCGCUGCGUGCCCUCGGCAACAUGGCUCUGGGCGCCCCCAGAAAGGUGAAGCAGUACCGGAAGCUCUUGCUGGAGAAGUGCCUGAGCUCCCUGGGGGGGCCCGUGAGCACCAGUGUGAUGGCCGAGGGCAUGGAGGCCCUGACCAAAAUCCUGGCUGAGCUCCGAGAAGGGGACAUGGGGUCCUCCUUCGACACCAUCUCCGAGCAGUGCAGGGUCUUCUUCGACAACGAGAGCGAACUGCUGCGUUUCAAAGCCUUUGUCCUCUUUGGGAAGCUGGCAAAGGUGGUCGGGAUUUCCAAGAAACAUUUCUUCAGAGGGGAAGUGAAGAAAGCCUGGAUCCCCCUCAUGCUGCACUGUCAGGAUCCCUGCUCCCACGCAGCCCAAGCCUGCACUACCACCAUGUUUCAGUGUGUGCACUUCUGGGGCUGGAAGUCCCUGGAGAGCCCCGCGGGCCGAAGUGACACCAGUGCUGACGACGAGAUGACCGUGUUCCAGACGAAGAUGUGCUCCGUGCUGACUCAGAAAAAGCCUGCAGUUCUCUACAGCUUCUUGUUGGAAACCAUGAGCUACAUUAAAAAUAACCUGUCAAGGAUCAGGAUUGCUGCCUGCAACUUGGCAGGAAUCAUCAUGAAGCAGAUGUCUGCACAUUAUCUGGGAAAGCUGGACUUCCUGGCAUUACGCAAUUCUCUGCAGGAGCUACAGCUGGACUCGGAUCCCGGUGUCAGGAGGGCGGCCCUGGAGACUCUCAGAGUCUUGGACAGCUGUAGUCAGCACCGGCUCACCGCUUUACCCGACGGGGCGCCCUAGGAGGCCAGGUGCACGCUGCAGCCCAGCAGGGAGAGCGCGCUCAUGCCGUUUGUAAAGAAAUGUAAUAAUCAGUAUCGUUUUCCUCCUCCCACUGGAAUAAAGCUCUAUUGACACUUA